AUGUCAUCGUCGUCAAAUAAAAUUACAGACAGGCGGAUCGCCGAGCUAAAGGCGGUCGUUCAGAAUCGGGACCAGGUUAAAGAAAAGCUCCAAAAAGAUCUGGAGGAGCUCGAGGACUUGAGGAAAGCGGUGGAGGACCUCGAGGAUCAACUUGACGAGCUCGACAAGGAGCUUCUUCUCCUCCAACGGUGGGAGGAGCAGUAUGAAGACAGAAAACAGGAGCUGGAAGACCUCGAAGCAAUGGUGGAAAAGCUGCAGGAGUAGGAUAGCUAGGCUGGAGGCGAUUAGAAAACCUCUCCGUUUAUUCCGGUUCUAUUCCGUUCCCCAAGCCAUGUUCCUUUGCCUUUUUUCCAUGUUAAACAGUUAGACAGCUUGGUUACUCUACGAUUUUACAAUGUCAAGCCGGUUCACUUCGGCAUCGUACAAGUUCCAUGUGGCGACCUUUCUGGCAACCAAAUCCCUGCGGCCUGGAUCCUGGUCGAUAAACUGUCGGAUGCGGUCGUCGCGGGUCGAAAUCCGGGCAUGGAGCAUGAUAUCAAGGUGACCGUACAUGGCAUCCUCGAUAUUUGGUGGGUAUUGCA